CCCCACCCCAUCUUUCCGCUGCUAACCCCGCCCCCUUGGGCCAUCUGGCCAAUAACAGCAGGUUAUACUUAAGCACCACUUUUGCCGCUAAAACCAAAUUCGCUCCAGCGGCUGCUCUUCUUCGUCCUCCAGCUUCCUGUAUGUGUGAAUAAAGUGCCCGCAGAGCCGCAGCUGAAAAUGGGAAUCUCUGGCCUCCUGCAGUUCAUCAAAGAUGCAGGCGAGCCCGUCAGUGUGAGAAAAUACAGAGGGCAGACGGUGGCGGUGGACACGUACUGCUGGCUGCACAAAGGAGCGUUUUCAUGUGCCGAGAAGCUGGCAAAAGGAGAACCGACCGACCAGUACGUGUGGUACUGCAUGAAAUUUGUGGACAUGCUGUUGACUUUCGGUGUCAAACCAAUACUGGUGUUUGAUGGACGCAAUCUGCCUUCCAAAAAAGAGGUGGAAAAGGCUCGCAGAGAGCGCCGAGAAAGUAACCUUCAAAAAGGCAGACAGCUUCUCCGUGAAGGCAAAUUGUCCGAGGCCAGAGACUGUUUUACCCGCUGUGUUAACAUCACACCAGCCAUGGCUCAUAAUCUUAUUAAGGCUGCGAGGGCAAAGGGAGUGGACUGUGUGGUGGCUCCAUACGAAGCUGAUGCUCAGUUGGCUUUCAUCACUAAAUCUGGUUUGGCCCAGGCCGUCAUCACAGAAGAUUCUGACCUGCUGGCAUUCGGCUGCAAAAAGGUGAUCCUCAAAAUGGACAAGCAGGGCAACGGUCUGGAAAUAGACCAAGAUAACCUCGGCCGCUGUCGCAGCCUGGGGAACGUUUUCACAGAGGAGAAGUUUCGGCACAUGUGCAUCCUCUCGGGCUGCGACUACCUGGCCUCCCUGCACGGUAUCGGCCUGGGCAAGGCCUGCAAGCUGAUCCGGCUGGCCAAAGACCCCGACAUCCUCAAGGUGAUCAGAAAGAUGGGCCAGUACCUGAAGUUGAGUCUGGUCGUCCCUGAGACGUACAUCGAGGGAUUCACCCGAGCCAACAACACCUUCCUCUACCAGCUGGUCUUUGACCCCGUCCGGAGGAAGGUUGUACCCCUCAACCCGUACCCAGAGCACAUCGACCCGGCCACGCUCAGCUACGCCGGACUAAAUGUAGGAGACGACAAAGGCUUGCAGAUGGCCUUAGGAAACCUCGACAUCAACACAAUGGAGAGGAUAGACAACUUCUGCCCAGACAGACCCGUUCCACAGAAGUCUAAACGCCACAGUCACCGCUGGAAUGACUCACCGGCCCCCACCAGGCCUAGUAUCUGGAGUGCAGGCUUCAAGCCGGCCCCUGCUGCCCCGCCCUGUUCUGCUGAUGCUGCUUCUCCUGACAGGGCGUCUUCCUCCACCAGGGGGAAGGAGAGAGUCGUCGGUCUAGACGGUCUGCGGCUGCCCUGCAGGGAGCUGCAGGUGAAGAGACCCAGAGAAGACUCUGGUGUGUCAGACCAGGACGUGCUGCAGCAGUACUCCUCCUCCUCCUCUUCCUCCCCCAGUCAGAAACGAUCCAAGACGGACCAGCAGCCCAAAUUAUCCUGUCACUCCCGACCACGCAACCGCUUCGCCACGCUGCUGCAGAGGAGGAACCAAGAAGCCGAGGAGGAAGGCCAGGCCACACGCAGCAGAUUCUUCAGCAGUUCCACUUCAUCAGCCAGUUUGAGCACCAAGGAGUCUGCCCGGGAGGAUUUCUCUCCUCGUGAAGAGCCCACAGCUCUCAGUCCCACUGAGGACAAGUCCCCUCCCAGCACCCCGACCAAUGACAGUGAUGGUCCGGAUGUUCCAUCUGUGGACACCCCCAGUCCACCUCCAUCGCCCAGCACCACGUCCCCCAGUUCGGCCAGUCAAGGCCUCAGGCUGUUCCGCUGGUCAGGUGGCUCCUCUCCUGUGGAACGACCGAACACGCCCAAGUCCACCUCAGGCCUGGCCGCCCUGCAGCAAUUUCAGUAUAAGAAGGAGAGUUUCUCUUCCUCUCCAAAGACUCAGAGUAGAGACGCAUCACCCCCGUGUCCACCCUCCACUGACGACAACCUCCCAGACUCCCCUCCGUCCCAGGACAGCGCCUACUUCUCCCAGUCCCAGCCUUCCCACACAUCCCUCCAUAAAGAGGUAGUGCCCGCCCACAGCUUCCCCUCCUCCUACCAGGACGAUGCCAACGCAUCUGAAACCAAUUCGCUCAAAGCUUCGGAGCCAGAGCAGAGUCCCACGCAUAAGAAACCCGGCACUCUGGGAUCAAAGAUUUCAGGUCUGUCGAAGGUGAAGUCCGUCAGCCACGGUACAGCAGCGAAGGGGCCAGCGUUGGGCCCGGCCAGGGCCAGCGGACUGAGGAAGAAGUCUGUGGGAUGUGGGAAGAAAGUCUCCUCCCCCAACAACGAGAACAACCCCGGUGUCCAGGCGACCAUCAGCAGCCUGUGGAAGAACUUCAGCUUCAAAAAGGAUCCACAGAAGAUGACUCCCUGUAAGGAGGGGAAGCCGAAGCCCAUGUCUCCCGUCAAAGACAACCUGCCGCCCAGCUCGCCGCGCACAGACGACCACUUAAUCACCAGCUUCUGAUAGACGUUCUGUUUCACGCAGCGCUGCGUGGGAGUGAAGCUUUUUAAAACAUACCGUGUAUGUGGACUGAUCUCUCAUCAACUCUGUGUUUCUUAAUGUAUAGUUUUAAAUAAAAGCCACUCCGUUCUGAUCCAAAGUGCAA